AUGGAUUCAGGCUCGGAUGCUGGCAAUUCAAGCAAAGUGUACGACCACAUUGAUCCGGAUGAUGUGGUUAUUCUGCCUAAAACAAGAAGAAGACCCAAGAGAAUCAUUCUGGAUGACAGCAGUAGCAGUAGCAGCAGCGGCAGUGAAGACGACGAGGAUGACAUCCCCUUAAAUAAGAGAAAAGCUGCCAAAAAGCCAACACCAGAGCCUAUCCAGCCGCUCCCACCACAAAAGAGACUAAAGCUAGACGUGCAAGAGCAGUAUGAAUCGCCUCGCCAUAUGCUCAAUCUCUUCAAACAGACCAAGAUACAGCCCCCAUUAAGAUUCAACUUGCAUAAGAAGCCAGCAUUGACUCCACCUCCUCCAUCUGCAAAGAGCUCCAUCAAACAACCAGUCGUCGUUAUCAAGAAGAUGCCAGCCAGAUCAUCCAAGAGAGAGAAAGCGGACAAGCAGCCGCCUCCUCCAUCCAAGCCUGAAUUCAAGGCACCAUUGCCUGUCAAUCCACCUCCUACUACGCCACCAUCCAACAACAAAUUCAAAGCUCCAUUUCCUGUGCAAUCCACCAGCGAAUUUAAGGUACCUGCUCCCAUGUUCCCCCCUCCUCCCGCUUCGAACGGAUUCAAAGCUCCCUUGGCACCAACCUUUAAUGAAUCCAAAGCACCAAUGGCUGUCAAAUUCACAAAUGGCUUUGCAGCACCCCAAGGGCAAUCAACGGAUUUGAUCACCAGUCGUCUUAUGCAUUACAUUUCCAGCAUCUGUCAAGAUUUAGACCAGUACAACAUGGACAAGAUCAAAGCCAAAGAUUCCCUGCUGAUGUUUCGAGAAACAGACGAUUUGCCGACAUUAGAUAUCAGUGUGAUGAGGAAAUUCACGUCUUUGACAGCAAGCAUCAUCAAACACUGCAAGAAUUUGGACGCAUUGGACAUGGACAAGUUUGGAAAAGUGAUUAAAUUAAUGGAGAAUACAGUGAUUGUGUCUACAGACAUUGAUAUCAUAGAGCACUAUGUUAAAAACACGGCGGAAAACAAGAAAACCACAUUCGAUAUGCUGGAUCUGAUCAACGACGCUCUGGAAACAUGCUCCAUGAUUUUUGAUAUAUUGACAACCUGCAAAUUGGAUAAGAAGUUUCUCUCUCAAAACCUUAUUACCAACUGUCUGCAUUUCAUCAAGAACCAGUUGGAUUAUACCAUAUACCCCAUUAUAGAUGCCAGCGGUUUUGAGGACGAAGCCAUUUCAUUAACUUCAAAUGCGGACUACUUUAUCAAGCUGAUCAUGGAGUCACCAAGGCAGAAGCACCUGAUUUCGACAUUCAUCCCAUUGAUCAUUCGAUUCUUUCGACGUGCCUUCACGCUGAUUUUGGCAGAGGAUUUGGAUGACGAUGUACUUGUGAUUGUUGCUUAUAUCAGCAUGGUACCCUUCUUUCACGAUUUUCCAGAAUCGGGCACUUCUGUCUUGAUGCAAGCGUUGAACCAAGAAACCACAUUCAGCCCUUACGAGCAACUCAAAUUCUGCGCUUUGGAUAUAUUAAAACACAUUUUCAGCCGCUAUCCCAAGCACAGACGAUGGAUAUUCGAGGAGAUUUUGACCAGUUUGGGAUCAUUAACCGUGAUGGAUGGCGCUAGAAAGUACAGAUUGCGUGACAAUAGAUCGAUCCAUGUAAUCAGUGCUUUGUUUAUGCAGUUGGUCCAAUGCUGUUCUUCCUUGAGUGACUAUGCGAGUCAUAAGGGUUGGUACAGCAAGUGGUAUAUCAAGUACCAAAAAACGGUCAAAACGAAAAAUUUGGAUCAGAUCAAGCUGUUGGAUGAUAAACUUGUGCAGCAUGCGGCUGAUGCCUGGAGAAUGGGUGCUGAAGCUGCUGCCAAUAGCGCAUCUUUCUUUUUGGAGUUUCUCAUGUCAAAAUGUAAAUCAAGAAAAAUGGAUGCCUAUUCACUGGCAGAAUACAGAUCGAUUCUGGCUCAAACAUUGCAAGACAUCAUGACAGUGUUCAAUGACCCUGAAUGGCCUGUUGCCGAGCUCAUCAUUCGAGUGUUCAGUCGUAUUCUGAUGACUUUGUUGGCAGAAGAUCGCUCAGAUCAAUUCCUCAAGUCAUUAGCAAUCGAAUGGCUGGGCAUCAUUUCCUGCAAAAUCAAGACAGGAUACAAUCGACUCUCGGGCGACUUCAAGACAUAUACCCCUGAAUGGAUCUGUGAAUUGAAUGAAACACUUGCCAUUAAAGUAGACAAAGACACGCCCAUUAAAUCAUUAGCCUUACUGGAUCAAUGUCGGAAAAAGCUGCUUGACCAUGUCCUUGGAGAACGAGUCAAUCCAAACGUAAUUCAAUUUUAUCUGUGCAAUUGGGGGUUCAUUGAAUCAGUUGUCUGGAUAAAAGCCAACAAAGGAUGGGAGGUCAAACAAAAGAAGCGAGCUAGAAAAACAGUAAAGCCUGUUAAUACUGACAAUACUGAUACUACGCCUAAUGCAACAAACGAUACUACAACUACCCUCACUGAAGAUACUGAAAAAAAGAAUGACGGCGAUGAUUUGGAUGAUCUCGAUGAGGAUACCACCAUGGUAGAACCUACGACCAACACCACGGACACGCUUACAGAAACAACCGAUACCACCACCAUGGAUACCACCAUGGAUGAAGAUUCCAAGUGGCCCAAGGAGAAUGCAUUGUUGUUGGGAGAUACGUGCAAGUUUUACUGGCUCUCCUGUCUGGGCAUAGACUAUCCCUUUCCCAACCAUGACACAGAGGCAAAGCAAUACGAGUUUCCCGAAAUGUCGAGAUCAGACUACAUGUUGUUGACUGAGCUGCUGGCAUCAAGACAAACAUUAUAUACCAGCUACAAUUUCAUUCUGUCAGAAAUUCUGUUGUGUUUGGAUAAGGAUGCUGUGGUAUACAGAACAAAAGCACUGAAGGCAAUAGGUAAAAUUGCCUCGGAAGUACCUGAAAUCAUGGACGAUGCGCGUACUCGUGCAUCAAUUGUUCAAAGAAUUCAUGACGGUUCACCGUCUGUUAGAGAUGCUGCUGUGGAUGUUGUUGCGAAAUAUCUUGGUCGUUUGGAUCACGUCCCUAUGAAAUUAUACGAGGUUGUCAGUGCUAGAAUCAUGGACACUGCUGUAACUGUGCGCAAACGUCUGGUCAAACUGUUACGUGAACUCUACUUUAAGCUGACGGAUCGCGACAUCAAGAUUGACGUUGCAUCCAAGUUGAUGUUGAGAAUUGGUGAUAACGAGAUCACUAUCAGUCAACUGUCAUUGAAGGCGACCCAGGAAAUACUGUUUUUACCUUUCAAAGACAUUGAGAAGGACGGCAAUGACUAUAUGGGCUAUUCGUAUGCAAAUUCACCAAAAGAACGCAAGCGAAAAAUCACUGAUUUGACAUUGGUGAUUACGGGAGCUGUAUCCAAAUUGGAUCCCUCUGUUUCUGCACAGAAUAUAGCACUAUCACAGAUCAUUCAAAAGACCAUUGAAGGCGCGGAUGAUAAAUCAUUGAUAUGGUAUGAAAAGGUGUUUCAAUGGAUUGUGGAUUCAUUGUUCGAUCGAAUGAUCAAACUGGAAGAGGAAAAUAACUCGACUGAAUUCAUCAAUUGUCUUGCCACUGUGUACUCCUUUACCAAGUCGUGCCCUAGUUUGCUUCGUGAAUCGCAUAUAUCCCUAUUACAGCCUUAUUUGAAUGCUACAGAAGACGCGGAAUGGUUAAAGGCUCGUUAUGUGCUCAGUAUUUACAGAGAUGUGCUUCCACAAAUGAAAUACCAUGAUCCUGAAUUUGUGUCGUCUGUGGAGAGGAUUUUGAUGCAACUGCUGAGUCGAUGUCCUCUCGACUUGAUUACAGAUGGUAUCUCUUGCUUGUGUGUCAUUGUGGAUACCAUCUCGUUGCGCUACAACAUCCUUAUUAAGAUGCUCGGUUCUUGUGUUUCCAAACUUCGCAAAAUUCAACACAUGAUUUCGAAUGGACAAGUUUCAGAAGAUUCGUCGUUUGCCGGUGUACUCAAGAUGAUUUUGAUGUGCGGAUUGUUAUGUCAGAAUUUUGAGUUUGACAAGAAAAGAGAGCAAAAGCCUAAAGAGAUGGAAGCCCUGAAUCUGGUCUACAAGGGGGAUAUUUGUAUGUUGGUGUUUGAUGUGUUACAAUUCUUCACCGGAGAGUUCAUGGACGACUUGAGCGACCAAGGCAUGUCGAUGCGUAUGACAGCACUACAAGGUUUGGGCUACUUUUUCGCCUCUCAUCCCACCUACAUGAUAUCCGCCACCAGUACAGAGCUGAUGGACAAAAUCUUUGAAGAGGGUACCAUCGAGCUCAAGAUGCAGCUUAUGCGCGUGUAUCAGGAAUUUCUGUCUGCUGAGGAAAAGAGAAUCGACAAGCGAGAGGGCUCCACUGGCUCCGUCAUAUACACCAAAGACAUUGAUAUCAACACAUUGCUGGGCAACACAGAGGAAUAUGCUGAAUUGGGUGUAAAUGGCUCCUUGAUGCAGAGAUACUUGCGAAAGAUUCUCAAAUGUGCCUUGGCAGAGUCCGAGGAUCUUCGUUAUGCAGCUUUUGAAGUCGUGUCGGCCAUCAUUCAUCAAGGUUUGGCGCAUCCCGUGCUUUGUAUGCCUGCUAUUGUAGCUGCUGAAACGAGCCCUGACUUGAUUCUACGCAACAAGGCAUUCUACCUGCAUAAAUAUGCGCAUGAUAAAUAUGGCAAUCUGCUGUACAGUCAAAUGAACGAAUAUCUAUUUACAUCCUAUCAGUACCAAAAGAUUUUGUAUGGUAGUCAGGUUCAAGGCUAUGGCAAAAGAGGUGGUGAUGCGAAAAUGGACGCUGUGCUGGGUGUUACUUUCUCGGUCAUGAAAGAUAAAAAGAAGGCUCGCUUCGAUUUCUUUUCUGCGCUCGUCAAGCCAUUCAGUUUUGACCUAAAGACAACAACCGCCGAUGAGAUUGAUAUUGAUUACCUCAAGUAUCUAGCAGAGAAUGCUAUUUCUUUGGAUCUGUCCACCACAGAAGAAGUACUGCACAUGGUCUAUACUAUGGAUCGCAUCUUGAUGACGCUUGGUGCUGAUUUGCUCUCGUACGUUCAUUUUCUGAAAAAGCAAGGUAUUGUGGCUACUGUCGAGGAUGCAUUUACAGAUGAAGAAGACGAGAAAGACAUGGAUGAUGAUUUUUCCUUGGCAGCCAAGUUGGCGCUGGCGUUGUGCAUUUUGAUGUACAUGAAGAACCUGCUUGUAGAACUGUAUGAUAUUCCUGACGAUGAAAUCCGUGAAUUUAACCCAAAUAGCAAGCGCAGGCCCAGAGAUGUUACAAAAGACAUGGACGUUAAGGAUACUAUCGAUUGGACUGAACUGCUUUACUUCAAGCAUGGCAAAAGAUUGAACAAACAAACAGCUUCAGAUGCUUGUAUUCGAUUUGAAUACUUGAUCAUGAGUGAUACCACUGCAGUCGUCAUCGAGGACGUUGCAGACGAAGAUGAAGUAGUGGAUGAAGAUGACUUUGUGGUAGAAGGUUGA